AUUCCGCGCCAGCACGUGGUGCAGUUUCCACUUCUACCUAACUGAUGAUUUCUCUGUGUGAGAUGUAACUGCACUGGGCCGGAAGCUGCUGGUGAGUUCUGAGAAAACGGACGAACGAGGUUAUGUUCUGUCUACUGAUCCAAAUGUAAACAAACUCAGGAGUGUUGGACGACAUGGGGUGACGAAACGACCAGAUGGAGGGACAUGGUGGUGCCGCUGCCGCAACCAGUUGGUGCAAUGAUGCCACGAAUGAAAACCAGAGAAAUAUGGAACGUGAAGUCGAUUCGAAGUCACUGAAAGUUUCUCAAGAGAGGAAAAACAAGAAUAAAGAGUAUUUAUCAGGAAGAAGUCACAACACAAGGCCUGGGGAAUUUCUAGGCUUAAAGGGUGGAGGACAAGAUCCAUCUUUCUUUAAUAGGGGCCGACGUUACGGGAAUCGUAAAUCGGUUACUUACUGGAACGACAAGGACGCAAAGCCUGAGAAGUUUAGACCACGAGAUGAUAUGCGAAACACCAUAGAUAAAAAAGAAUCAAAUUUCUUUGGUAUAAGGCCUUGCUUCCUUGCUCGUCACUCAGAUGAUAGUAGCAUUACCACUCCUAUCGAUGACAUGGGGAAUACAGCGGAAAACACCAAUGAAGGGUCUUCCAACACUUUUUCAAGGCAUCAAAGGUCAUCUUGUUUCACUAAUGAGCAAGGCUAUCAAGCUAAUUACUACUUUCAAGCCCCAUCGUUUCAUUGUGAAAGUUCAAAAGUAUCUGCUAACGCACAAGGUCCAAACCCCUAUGACACCUUCGAUCCUAACCCUGCAGUUUGGGGUCUACCGGUGACUGCUCGUCCUCUACUUUCUCUUCCCUGCACCGGUUCGGAGCAUCUUCAAACCCUUUCCUGCGAUGACCCGCAAAUUGUAGUGAUACCUUCGCAUGCUUUGAUCAAUGGUGACACGCCGUUGAAGCAAACACCCCUUUUACCACAGCAGAGAAAAGUCGAGGAUCAACGUACUGAUCCUGAAGUACAACGGGAGAGAAACUCUGAUUUUAAAGUGAUGAAUGGAAAUCCUGCAUGUUUAUCUAAUACCACUUCAAUUGCACAAGGCCUGGUCUCCCCUGAAAUGGAAAUCUCCGCUCUGCCACGAGCAGCCAUGAACAGAAAUCUGACAUGGGAAACAAGAAUACUUGCGGAUCAGGACACGGCUAACCAAGGGCUACCGUCUCUCUCAAAUUGUGAUUCGUUAGCUGACCUAGAGCGACGAGUGGCCGAAACUUGUUCCCUUGUCGAAAAAACCUUGAAAAAAAGGGAAGAAAAAGAAAAGGCAAUGAAGGAAAAAGAGCGAAGGAAAAAAGAAGAGCGGGCCAGGAAAGGACAACGAGCACGUGAAAGAAGAUAUAAGGAGGCAAGUGUGACAAGACAAACGGAACGCAGGAAUGACAGAGAAGAAGUCAGCAACCCCACGAGCGGUGGAGGAGAAACACCUACGCAAACCUCAGCUGGUGCUGAGGAUCGACAAUGGCUCUGUGAACAUUAUAAGCGGCUCUGCCGUGUCAAGUUCCCAUGCUGUGGAAAGUUCUUUCCCUGUCAUCGUUGUCAUAACAACUCUGGGUGUCUAAAUGAUAAUUCCAAAGCAAGAGAGGCGUGUUAUGUUGAGUGCUCGGUUUGUAGCCAUCAACAAGAGAUCAACCAGGACGCCCAAACCUGUGCUAGAUGUAAAACAAAGUUCUCAGCAUAUUUCUGCUCUAUGUGUAAACACUUCACGGGCACAGACAAAAAUCCAUAUCACUGCCUAAAAUGUGGUAUCUGCCGCAUCUUCAAAGACCGCUCCUUCCACUGUGAUGUGUGUAACGUCUGUCUGGACAAACGGCUGGAGGGAAGACAUUCUUGUCGAGAAAAUUCAGGACAUGAUGAGUGCUGCAUCUGUUUGGAGGACGCAUUCAGCGGUUGUCAAAUCCUGCCAUGCUCACACAAGGUUCAUAGAGAGUGUGCCAUUGCAAUGAUACAGAAUGGCGUUCGCAGCUGCCCAAUUUGUCGCCAUCCUCUAUACGGUCAGACAAAUGGCAAUGAGUGAAUGACAACGUCCAUCCCAGGCCCUUCUCUUCCCACCUCGUUGAUAACAUGGAGAGGACCCUGGGAAUGGAGCUGAAAGGAUG